GAGACAGAAAACAGAAAAAGUGACAAAACCAGACGGUUUGUAAAAUGUCUAAAGUCCAAAGGCUGAGAGCUUUGGUGGAGGAGCGGCUGACUGCGGCUGCUGAAGACAUAUAUGUGCUGUUUGAAAGAAUCAUAGCCGAGUAUGAGGAGGAACUGUGUCGCUCCAAACAGGAGAACGAGAGGAACCAACGGCUCCUGGACUCGACUUUGAGCCCGAGAGUCGUGCUGACCAGAGCCGGUGUCCACAUGUCCUCUCUGAGUCCUGGUCUCACUCUGAAACAGGAAAUCCCAGAGACUCCACAGAUUAAAGAGGAGCCAGAAGAACAGCAUGUCAAACAGGAGGAAGAGGAGCUGCAAGUGUCUGUCCCUGGGGCCAAUGAUGGCUGUGUGAAGACAGAAGAGUCCUCACUGCUUCAACAAAAAGAAACUGAUCACAGAGAGGACAUCAACUCAGAGAUACAUGUCCACGGAGAGGACACACAGGGAGAGGACAUCAGCUCAGAGACACAUGUCCACAAAGAGGACAUCAACUCAGAGAUACAUGUCCACGGAGAGGACACACAGGGAGAGGACAUCAGCUCAGAGACACAUGUCCACAGAGAGGACACACAGGGAGAGGACAUCAGCUCAAAGACAGAUGUCCGCAGAGAGGACUCACAGGGAGAGGACAUCAGCUCAGAGACACAUGUCCACCCCGAGACUGAGGGAGACACGGAGCACUCUUCUGACACUGACAAUGAUGAAGACUGGGGUGCUCCAAUCGAGUAUUCAGCUGCACAGAUGGAGACAGAGGCAGAUGCGCCAUGUCUCCCUGAGACUGAGGGAGACACGGAGCACUCUUCUGACACUGACAAUGAUGAAGACUGGAGUGCUCCAAUCGGCUCGUCAGCUGCACAGAUGGAGACAGAGGCAGAUGGAGACCACUACAACCAAGUCCAGAGCAGAGACAAAAGCACCACUGCACCAAACUCAAGUCUAUCCCCCAAACCCAAGUCUGCACCAGAGACCAGAGCCACUGUGGACAAUGGGGACAUCUCAGGAACAGCGGAAGGAACCGCAGGGAAGAAACACCAGACAGAUACAUGGACACUUGGAGACCACGUGGAUGUGGACCAGUCCAGGGCCAGUGCGUCCUACCAGAGCCGGAGCCGUUGCACACUGCCGGGGCCGUGCACACUGCCGGGGCCGUGCACACUGCUGGAGACGGUGGAGCUGUAUGUGUAUGUGAGGCCCGUGUGA